AUGGACCAACUUUAGCUACAGAUGUGACACUCCCUCCAAAUAUUGGUGAGCCAAAUGGACCAGGAGGACCAUUUGGACCUGGUGGACCAUUUGGACCGGGUGGACCUGGAGGUCCUGGUGGACCAGGAGGACCUGGUGGUCCAGGAGGACCGAUGCUUACUACAGUUAUGACAACACCACAGUUGGCAGAACCUGGUGAACCUGGUGGACCUGGGGGACCAAGAGGACCUGGGGGACCAGGUGGCCCAGAUGGACCAGGCGGGCCAGGUGGACCUGGAGGACCCAAUGGUCCAGGGGGACCUGGUGGACCAACACUAUCACCAAAUGAUGUUGGUGGACCUGGACAACCACUUGGACCUGGUGGACCAGGUGGUCCAGGAGGACCAG